AUGCUAAACCUAGGUGACCACUGCUUUGCUGUUCCCUUGUCUCCGCCGGUGCUGCAGAAGCUACAGUUCCAGUGGGAGGCAGGCGAUAUAAACGAGCGAUCUCCACGGAAAAGCGAUGCCGGCAACGCUGGAGUUGUUGUCACUGUGCAGAAGACUGCUGUAUCUUACUCGUACGGGCUAACUUACAUAAAGGCAGUCCCGUACAAUUGGGUAGAGUACGCGCACCGCGCUUUAUUGUGGCAAGUCAAAAAUGGCGGAGAAACGUUCUGCUCUGAAACCUGGGGAUCAAAAUGCCAGGAUGAGCAUGGAGAAAACGGGUAUCCCGUAAGCCCCAAUUCAGGCCUGCCUCUAGAUGGAGCCCAAGGGAAGUGCUGCUGGUGCCCAUCCGUAUGGCAUUUGUGGCUUAACAACCCCAACAGGGGGAGGGAACCAAUGCUAAAAUGCAACUUCUGGGGGCUGCGCUUUGGCAAAAUCCCAGACCCAUACCUGACGAAGUUCUGCCCGGUCGUUGAAUAUCCAUGGUAUCGUAUGCUGAAGGUUAGCGAGAAUCGAACAUGGUUUUUCAAGGUGCACGUCGGUAUAUCUUGGUGGAGGCCUCCCAGCCCCUCUAGCCUUUCAGACGAGGAAUAUCACGCCGAAUGUAAGAAGAAAAUUUCGGAAGGAAGCUACCCUGAAAAUUUCGAUUGUUCGCAGCGGCUGCACACAGAAGCAGGAAUGGCAGACGCAAUCCUUGAACUCUCAGAUGCCACGAAGGUCGCAAGAGAUACUACAUUUGACGUCACAGCGCGUCUCAUGAGUUCAGACAUGCCAGAUGAACCUGUGAGCUACACUGCAGUGUUUGGUCAGUCAAGUGUGCAUCUUAAUUACAGGAAGGAUGCUCAGAUUCUGAUGAUCUUGAAGCUUGGGGUGUUAGCGAGACGGAAAACCCUGACCUGGCAAGAUUAUGCAAAUCAGUUGGAAUACCCACCGGGCAACUAUCCUCAUUACCACGCGGGUCUAGAAAAUGCGAACGAGGCUAUUGACACCUCACAAGCUGGCCCCUUCCAGUUGCAUCGCUUGGCCUUUUCAUAUCCAAAGAGUCACAAAAGUAGGGUGCGUAUUGAGAUGAACGCUGGGUUGAUUCGCUGGAUUCAGUCUUCAGCACCGGGUCAAAUAACAAGCAUAGCGCCCCCAGCACCACGGGAAUGCGACAAUGCUCAGACCUUCGGCUGCCCACUUAAGGUGUAUGUGCUGAAUUCAGGCACUGUAGAUGCGACGUUCUAUUUGGAGCUGCCAUAUUGUACAGAACACGGCAGCGAUGAGCCAACGGAUAAGUUGGACCCGGUCUCGGCUGUGCAGCGGAAUGUCGCGGCAGGCUCCAGCCAAGCAUUUGAUCUCACUUUGCGCCUUACAGCCGUCGUUCAGGAGUUUGACUUUAACUGUGUAAUGAAGCUUUAUGACUCAGAACUCAACCAACUGGACAUAAAGUCAUUUGAUCUCCUUACAGGGAAGGCGGCGGACUUGCCGGGGGCUGUGACGAAUCCCACAGGAGAAGUUACCGUUGUCGAACCGCCUGAAGAUAAGCGAAACUGGUUUCAACGACUCAUGAAUGUCGUGCCAAACGAUGGGGAAUGUGACUGCUCGUUUUGGAAUAUAUUAUGCCUACCCGCUGACUGGAACGACUGCUUUGGAACACUCAAGAAGGCACUCAAGACAAUACUACUGGCAGGGGUUACACUCGUGGCUCUCUUCCUUUUGUGGCCUGUUCUCAAGCCAUUCAUAAAGAUAAUGUGCAAGUUCGCUCGUAUUCCCUUCAAAUGCUUGAGGUCAGUUGGAAGGAAUCGAAAAACUCUUCGAAAAGCUAAGCGACUACACAAGAAGGAGGCCAAGAAGCUAGCAAAGGAGCAGCGACGCCUGCAGCGGAAGGCUCACGAAAUAGCUGUGAAGGAACGCCAGGAAACUCGCUCGAAGGGUUUUGACGAGGAACCAGACGAGCCUCUAAGCAGUGCCACAGGAGGUUGUGAGAGCGCCGCGUCUUCUCCAGUUGCCUCCUCAGCAACUUACACUACUGGUGGUAGACGACAUACCGCCGACGAGGAAUAUGGUGAUGUUAACAGCUGCGACAACCUUACCGACAGCGCCAGCAACGAAAAAUAUAGUACAGGGAGUUCCACAGCAUCCAACAAACGACAGUAG